UUGAAGAAAUGAAAGAAGUGGAAAGCAUUCUUUUCAGUAUGCUCUGUCUAAUUACCGUAACGAAUGCUUUAGCGAAGACCGAAUUAAAGUCGAAUAAUAACGUAACCUCAAUUGAGAUGCAAUGUUUGGAUCUUUAUUCGGGUGUUAAAUUAUAUGUCAAGGGUAAACAAGUUUGGAUCAACAUAAGAAUAUUAGAUAUAUUUGGAGGAAAUGCAAUACAAGGGAGAACAGAUUUCAAGCAGACGAAGGAACCAAAUCCAAUUAAGAAAAUCGGUUUUAUGAUGAUGAUGGCUCCUUUCGCUAUGCAGUUAAUUUCUUUGCCGGGUACUAUUGCGUCUAUCAAAAUGUCUUUGUUAAGAAGCAUUAUGGUUGCCAAAUUAGCGAUAAUCAUAAUGAUAUACAACGUGAUCGUAAACAUGCAAUCUUCUGAAGUAGUUAUAGUUCAUCAGCCGCAGCAUCACGAACAUUAUUACAACCAAUAUCAUCAGCAUGAAGAGGAUAAUGAAGAUUGGUUUGGCAGAUGAAAUAUCGUCAGAAUGUUCAUGAUAUCUCGAUGAAUAGUACAAAGUCAAAGACUAUAUUUAUUUCUUUUUUUUUUUUCAUUAAGAAGAUAAUCUGAACGAUGUCAACGAUAUUGCUAUAUCUAUUAGAUUAUGCAUUUUUUUCAUUAUUAAUAUUUAUUUCCAUAUAUUCACCAUUAUAGAUUUAUGUAAAUCAAGUAUUUUAUCAUAAUUUAUGCUUCCUCAUCCAUUAAAGAUAUAUUAAUUAUGUACAUACAGACAAGAGCCGUAAGGCAAAAAUAUAUAAAUAUCCUAUAAUCGAAAUAACGUUAUAAUAUGUAAUUAUAUGUAAAUUAAUUUGUAUCACAUUUUAUAUAGAAAAAAAA